GCUCCGCUCGGCCCGGCACGACGCGGAACUCGGCCCGGCACAGCCCGCCCCGUCCCGCCCCGGGCUCCGUCACUUCCCGAGCGCCGCGGCCCCGUCACCUCCGGGCGGGCGCGGCGGAGCGGCCGGUGAGCGGUGUAAUUUUGACAUGAGGAAAGGCUGAGAGAAUUGGGAGCGUUCAGCCUGGAGGAGAGAAGCUCCGGGGUGAUCUAAUUGUGGCCUUCAAAGGCAGUCUCCAAAACCCACCAUGAUUUCUCUCUCUGAGCCCGAGUUCCUGAAGGUGGUCAUCGGAGUGGUGUGUGGUGUGUGCCUGGGCUGGGGCAUGCGCGGGAGGCUCCGCAGGAAGCCUGGAGCUGGAACACUGCCAGAACCUUCCAGCAGCCUGGGGGGCGAGGCCGACGUCAUGGGGGAGUCGGGGGAGCUCAAGCUGGUGCUGGUCGUCCGCAACGACCUCAAGAUGGGCAAGGGCAAAGUAGCAGCACAGUGCUCCCACGCUGCUGUCUCUGCCUACAAGCAGGUCCACAGAAGGAAUCCCGAGCUCCUGAGGCAGUGGGAAUAUUGUGGGCAGCCCAAAGUGGUCCUCAAAGCUCCCGAUGAAGAGACUCUGGUGCAGCUGCUGGCUGAGGCGAGGCGCCUGGGACUGACUGUGAGCUUGAUACAGGAUGCUGGGCGUACUCAGAUAGCCCCAGGCUCCAGGACAGUCCUUGGGAUCGGACCGGGACCAGCUGAUGUCAUAGAUAAAGUUUCUGGUCACCUUAAGCUCUUCUAAACUGGUACCAAAAAGACCUGGAUGUGUUCAUGUAUGUCAGUACUGAAGGGAUAAAAAUCUACGCUGUUUUUUUUUUUUUCCAUGUCUUCCUUCAGUGUUAAUAAAAUAAGCAAGUUUUGUAAGAUUUAAUUUGUAAAUCAUGAGUUUCUCUAGCUUGUGUUCCAAAAGUGGGAAAGAAUAUUCUAGGCUCAGGGCAGUUGAGGAAAGCAGAGCUGGCACAAGAAGGAACUCAGUAAUUUUACAAUUUGUGCAGUUGGUUGAGGAUUUUGCACAUUGGUUGAUAGAGUUUAAGAGUUUCCUCUUUCUGCCUGCUUUCUGUAGUGAAUACAUUCUUUAAUUCAGAAAGGCUCAGCUGCUGAAGCAGUUAAUAACUGGAGCUGGGGGGUAACUUCCUGCCCAAACAACUGCUGCAGCAGCUUGUAACUGGUACCAGGCUGACCAGUUCAACUGGAUUUGCAGCCCAGACCAGUAAACAGUUGUGGGGAGCAGCUGUAAGCUGAGCUUCCCUCUGGAGGGGUCUGUGUAGAUACUAAAUGUGCAAAAAUGUGCAGUUAAGCCAAGGUGUGGGGAGUUUCCCUCCUUAUAAACAACAGGGACAGACUUAAAUCCUGGUUUUCUUGGGAUUAACUCCCAGGCACUCCUGGGUUUAAGGAAGCACCCUGUUGUAGAUAUUACUGCACAGUGCAGAGCACCUUGGAGGUUCCAGUAAAUUCUACUUGUACAGUUUGUGAGAGUUCUGCUGUUAAGCACCUUUUCCAACCUCUCAGCUGUGAACCAGUUUGUAGGAGAGGGAACAGGAUUUAUCUCCAUCUCCAGCCACCCACAGCCCCAGAGGGAAUGGCAGAGGGGCUGAAAUGCCAAUAAACACAGAGGAAUGGAAAUGCUUUUAUACUGCACCUCUUACUUAUAUGCAGAAUCCUUUCCAGAGCCUCACUGCAGACUUUGCUCCACCCCUGCUGCCCACAGAGAGCCUGGGGCAGGGGAGCUCCUGCCAGCCCCAUUCCAUGAAGUGCUGCAGUGUCCAGCCCCAGGAUCACAGCACACAGCUGUGGGGCUCACAGAGGAGGAGGGAGUGGAUCUGGGUCCUGAUGCCCAGAGUGGCUCCUGGUUAAGAGACAGGAGCUUUAGAGUGGCUGGAAAUCUGGCCAGUGCUGCCAAGACUCGUUACACUCAAAUAUGACAGUAUUCAUAAAGAAACAUUUAAGUCAAUUUUAUUUGAAGCUAAAUAUGUUUAAGGCAAUUUACAUACCUAGAACAUGAUCUCAAUUGAACUGGCACACCCUACUACAAUCCUAAUUAUCAUCUGGUCAAAUAUGCUGGAGUUGACCACAGUGCAGCCAACUGGUGAAAAGUGCUAUUUUCUUCUCUCUGGCAUAAUCUCUCUCUAGAAAAAGCAUUACAUAUUUUCCUGUAUUGCCCCCUCAGUGCAAGACCCCACUACUGGUCCCCAUUGCUGCUCUGCUGCUGGCCCCUCAGACCCCUGGCUGCACACACCUGCAUUGCCCCCACUACCAGCACUGGAAUACUUGGUUUGAGUCCAAAGGUCCUUUUUUUUGAAGACAGUAAAGUGAAGCUACCACUAUGCAGCAUGUCCACAGUCCAGUAAUUUAUUUUUAAAUUGCGUAAUUUCAAAUUGCACAAACAAAACUGAACAGCAAUAUGCUUGAAUUCUCUCUUCUGUACACUCAAAACAGUGAUCUAAAACACCACAAUAUCCAACAUACACAAACCUCAGGGCAGGGUUAGUAAAUACACAGAUUGGAAUCAUGGUGCUCUGUUCCUGAAUGGAAUGUCCCACAAAAGCACAGGAUACAGCACAACAUAAGGUCAUCUGUUACAUAUGGAGUGAGCAAAAAGACACUAGCAUUUUCUAUAUGCAUAACUGGAAAAACCUGCAUAGGUUAAGGGAAAAAAAAAAACCAAAAAACCAAAACCCAGAACUUUUACUCAUUUUAAGUCAGGCAAGGUUGUCUGUACGCAUUUUAAAUUCUUUUAGAGCUAUGCAAUCCAACCCAGGGAGGAUAUGCUGAUUAGUGUUGUCUCUUGUCAGCAGUCUUGCAAGGUCAAAUACAAGUAUCUUGGCUUUAGCUUUCUCCAAAUAUACAGUGAGACUUAAAUGCAUUUAGAAUAGACAGUACAUACCGUAAGCUGCUCACAUACAAUGAACUUAAGAUUCAAUAUUAGAGUGUAACACUAUAGAGUGCAAAUCAGAAUUUUCACAAUAGACUUAAUGGUAAUAAGCAGUCCUGCAAAAGCCCACUUGAACAAAGUCGUUUAAACUAUUCCCCUUCUGAAAGUAAAAGUCUAAAUGACAUGGAAUGUGAAAAAGAUUUAACAGAAGUGAUUCAAAUCGU